AUUGAAAGAACUCUGUGAAAAUAAACUUAAACAGCUAACAGUAGUGUUUAAAGCUGUCGAAGAGAAUACAAUCGAAGCCAAUAACGAAGACGAAUAUAACGAUCUUGUGCAAGCUUAUAAAGAGCUUCAUAGUAAUUCAGCACAUUUUAGAGAACCGGUGGGCAAGGAUUUGAAAAAUAAAUAUCAAGUAAAGUACGAGGAUGCGCAAAACGUGAAUCAUGGACGUCAUCGGUACCCGUGGAAAAUCGAAGCCGGAUGUCGCAAAAGUCAUUCUUCGAAAAAGGGAAGAAAGUUUCGGAAAACAAGUAUUUUUGAUUACACGAACGUGCGCAAAAGAGACAGAAGAUCCCGGGAGAAGAUGAAGAAGAAGUUGGAUGCUCUGCGAAAUGGCAAAACGUCAAGACGCAUCUCGGCGAAGAGAAAUAUCUUUAAAAUGUGGAACAGGAAAUUACCAGAACCCAUGGAGAUGGUGAAGUUCGAGGAUUUCGAGCGUCAAAAGAAAAUGAGACCAGAAGAUAUUGAAAAAGAAGCUGCUGUCAGUAUUAUGAAUUCUCUACUGCAGAGUACUGUCAUGCAUGAUCUGGAAACAACCACUGUCAUUGGUACAACAACUACGAAACCGGUAACAACAACACAAACGAUCCUACAGCAAGUUUACACGUAUGCAACGGAGCCGGUCGAUCCUGAAAACGCCAAUGAGGUUCGAUAUGAUGGAAAACUGACUUACCCUAAACAUACCGAUGAGCAUCUUUCAGGUUGGAGAAAUCUGAAUCAACAAGAUGACAUUGUCCGUGGAACGAAGCGGGUGGAACUCGAAAAUGGCGGAUUGGAGAAACGGGUAGGUCUUAAACCUAAAAGUGAAAAUGAUGAAGAGACAGCAGAACGCGAUUCAAAAACUACUACCGAAGAACCUACCCUUAUGUCCGAACUUAAAUUAGAUGAACAUGUUCAUAGAACAACUGUCGGCGAUACAAAAAAUUGUAAAGAACAAGAACCAGUUAUGAACAUAACCAAAGAGUUGGAUUCAUUGGAGAUGUAUGACUGGACUGAAUCGCGAUUCGCGGCUGGAAUUUCAAAGACUAAUAAAAGUUCUUCAAAAUUGACUACUUCAAUGAAAAGUACUGCAUCGAAAACAACCACAAAAAUACCUACUAUUGUAUCCCAUGAAAUAAAACAACCUGUACACAUUGCGAGUACUUCUAAUACGAAGACAACAACAACUGCUAUUAUUCCAGAGCCUAGUACUACAACUAAAAAACCCAAUACGACAACAACUACAGCAAAACCUAGAAAUGCAAGUACUACAAUGAAAAAAUCAAAUACAAAAAAGCAUACUACUACAAAAAAGCAUACUGCUACAGAAAAACAUACUACUGCAGAAAAGCAUACUACUACAGAAAAGCAUACUACUACUACAAAAAAGCCUGUAAGCAAGAAACAAAAAGAGAAGAGUACAACAGCACAUCAUGUUGAUAAAAGCAGUAGUACGAAGAAGCCUUCAACGCAAAAACAUGUUUCUUUGGAUAAACUGCACCCUCAGUACAAGACAGAAAACAUGUUGGAUCAUUCUGAUUUUACUACAUCAUCCAACCUAUCUCCAGCUUUUAUAGUCUGCCUUCCGGAAAUUCAGGGAAACUUAGACUUCACUACAACGAUGGAACCCUUAAAUUUUAAUGAUCUUCUCAUAUCCGGCAACGGGGCAAGCGACAAUUUCAACUUGGCAAUCACUACGACAAAAUCUGACCCUUUACUAGGCGAGGAGGGCAUUCCACCAAUGAACAAUUUAAAUGAAGUCCUGGAAAAAUUGUAUCGUAGUGAAACAACUCUUUCGUUACCUGCAAUGUUGAUUGGUCAUGGGGUGCAGUUAAAAGAUGAUCGAGACACUUUGAAACAUUUCCUAGCCAAAUUGCAACCCAGCAAUUUGCAAGAAGAUCAAUUUUUGAAAAUGAGGAAUUCUAAUAAAUCGCCCGGAAGAACUGCACGCAAGGAAACUUUCUCAUUGUUUCCAGUGGAGACUAGGGCAAACGUCAUCAAUGAUCGUAAGUCAAUUUCCAAAAGAAGGAGCCGCAGCGUCUCGUCAAAAAAUCGGACUUUCGAAUCCUGGGAGGAUGAAGUAAAUCUUGAUGAACAAGAUCCAAAGAAUACUGAGGAUAAGAAUGUUGAAUUAAUUCGUAAUAGCGAUGUUGCGGAAGAUGAUAAUGAAAAUUCAUUGGACUCAUCUAAUAAACAGGAUAACUUGAAGAAUAACGGGGUAGAAAAGGAGAAGCAGUUAUGGUACGAUUACGAAUCGAACUACGAGGAUAAUUUAUAUGGAGAAGGCAUGCGUCGUAGAUCUUUGCUGGGUUUAAAACAUCAUCCAAAAAUAACCAAAAAUGUACACAAGGAAAAUAUUCUGCCAGUCGUAAAAAAUGAAAAUGUAAAACUUUUUGCUCGAGUCAAAAAGUCCCUAGGUACUACAAAUAGUACUUUGGAUAGUGGAAAUUUCGCUAAUAAUAAUGAUACGAAAAAUUUGGAAAGUUCCUCACUGUUAGGAAAAGUGUUGACAAUGAUUAACGAUAAUUAUAAUCAAGAUUACGAGAGCCGAUUGAAGUCGGGAUAUCUCCUUGAAGACAAAGUAGAUUCCAACGAAGAAGACAAGAAUUUGACGAAAAUCGCAAAACCUCGAAGUCUUUUGGAGAAAGUCAAAGAAAUCAUUAAUUCUGCCAUGGGUCGUAGCACUAAUAACAAGAAUCAAUUGCAGGAAAAUCAAACGAAACAAAUCGAAGUCUCUCGUAAUUUACAUGGAAAGGAAAAAAAUAACGACAGAAAAAAUAUACAAGAUCCAUUUACCGUAAAGAAUAUAAAGCCCGAUACACAAGAAACAAGUAAAAGUGCCGCAGUAAUUAUGAAAGAACGCGUCGCAAGGAACAAAGCACAAACCAGUUUAAAAUUGAGGAACAAAUUACGAAAAGUAUUGCAAGUGACAAAAAAACCCUAUCAAAAUGCAAAGCACGUGAAAACAAGUAAGAAGCUAACAGAAACGAAGGUAAAUCCAAAGCAGAUAAUAUUGGAUCACAAAAAAAGUUCAGAGUCUCACAAGAAGAAAUCUGAAAAAGAUAAAAAUUCACUCAACAUCCGCAAAGAACAUCCGUCGCACAAGAACAGCAGCAGCAACAGCUUUAUGAAAAAAGUAAAAAAAAAACCGAGGGCUACAGCGAGAUUACCGACUGGUGGUAAACUUAAAAAAAUGUCUGCUGUCAAAGUAAAAAUUAAAUCAACUACCAGCAAAAAUAAACUGAGCUCAAGAAAACCUCCGUCGGUAAGUAGUUCGACGCUGAAAAAGGUUCAGAAGGUAACGAAGAAGCCCAUGCGUGCGAAAUCAAAAAGCUUGAAGAAUCCAAAAACGAAAAAUUCUUCAAAAACGUUGAAAAGUCCUCAAAGAUUUAAUCGCGAGGGAAGAGACUUUGUGAUAGAGAACAAAUCACAUUCUCUCAACAUCAGUAGUAUAAUACCAACGGUUCGUGAAUUGGUUGAAAAAGAAAAUUUAGGAAAUCUUGAGAAAAUAAUCGUAUACGUAGAUAAGCGCAAGAAUAAUUUUUCAUCGACAAAGCCGAAAAAUAUUUUGAACCAAGGUCAAAUAAAAUCUCAAAAUUACAAAUUGAGAGAGCAAACUGAAGUUUUAAAAGGACGAUCUAAGAGUUUAAUGGGAAAUUCAAAUCUCUUUAACAAUUAUAAAAUGACGAAUGAAGGUGUUGAAAGCGUUGGGAAUUCUUCGUUGAUCGAUAAAGGAAAAUUAUCCAUCGAUGGUCUUUCUUUGAAUGAAGUAGUUUCCAAAGUUGCUGAUGAAAUUUUACAAUCCAUUGUGCCAUCCUCUGAUGUGUCUUCGUAUCCGAUGGAUCCUCACUUAGCUAUCAAGAUAAUACAGCCAGUGGCCAAUGGAAGUGAAGAAAUUAUAAAAGAAUUCAAUAUAGACUUAUCAAAUACAAAUGUCACCUUGGAUAAUGUUGAUCCUGUAAAAAAUCGAAAAACUCGUUUGACAAAUUUAGGUGAUUACAGGAAAAAUGAAAAUUUUGACCAAUCAAAUUUUCCUCUUGCAACCAGAUACAGAAAUGAACGGAAAAUGAAUCUGGUUGAUUUGCCAUACAAAAAGAGAAGAAACUGGCUGAGAAAAAUUAGAGGAGAUGAAGAUGUAGCUGAUAUUAAAAAAAUGCUUAAAAAAUUAGAACAGCUGCGAUCACAGGAGAGCUAUUCGUCUGAUCAUUCUCGAUUUCCAAAAUCGUUGCACAACAAUGGCAGACACAGAAAGCGUAUGAAGAUGCGAAGAAGCAGACCGACACAUAGAUUGCGAAAGGGAUGCUGGGGUAAGAAAAAUAAUCUUCGAAAAAGUCACGUUAUCGGAAAAUCGUCCGAUAAGAAUUUUUGCGAUUCCGAUGAGAGCAUCAAGGAAAAGAUAAAGAUUCUUUACGCCAUUCAUCACAAUGAUAAUGACUUGAAGAAGAAAAAGAAGAAGGAAAGUGGAAAAUAUUCGACAAACAAAAAGAACCAGAUUUUUUCGAAAAACACAGUGAAAAAGGGAAAUUUAAAAAAAAUUAAAACAAAACGCGAGACCAAUGAAGAUCAAAAUGAUACAUCAAUCAAUGACGCGCGUGAUAACUUAAUGAACGUGGAAGACGGCGAUAAAACUCAUUUGGAAAAUUUUUAUGACACAGAAAAAUUCCAAGAGGAUCCUGAUUGGCUAGAAAACUCUUAUUACAACGAUCAUGACAAUCCAGAUGAUGAGAUCAAUGAUUUAUCUGAUGACUAUCAGGACCUUGAGAAUGAUGAUACUUUCGACAGAUUCAGAAGAGAGGAGCCAUUUUCUGAUUACGAAGAACCAAUUGGAAAUUUGUAUGACAGUAUAAAGAGAAUCGUGGGAAAGAAUAUACAAGAAAAACAAGUCUCUGAAGAACCAAUAUACAGUUUUUUAGCAUACAAUGAAAAAUUGUCGCCUCAGCAGGAACUCAAGAAUUCAUCAACUGUCGAUCCUAGUUUGUUUUUAUACAGCAAUAAUAAUUCUUGUGCUGUCAAGACUCUUGGAAACGUUGAAUUUCCUGCCGAAGAGAAUUCCACGAGUGGAACAAAAAAGAGCGACAUCGUGAACGCUCCAUUGAUUUUGGAAAAUUCAAAAUUCACUGAACGUCAAUCAAAACUGCCUGAAACAAAGAAGUUUCGGUUCAACAGUUCAACUUCAAUACGUGGAAUUGUACAUCCUACUAAGAAAUCAGUUCAUUCUAUGACAAAUUAUGAAAUUCCACUCAUAACUGCGGAUCCUUUUUCAAAAGAUCAUUUUGGAUCAGAGAUAAAAGGUAGCAAUAAGGAAGCACAAGCGUCAAAUCCUUUUCCACCACUUUCUGAACCUGACGCACCUGAAAGAUUAGAUAAAAAAAAUGACGUAAAACUGAACUUGAAAAUGGAUGAGAUGUUGGAUGAAAAAAAUGUGAAAAAACCUGAACACAUGACGUUUAUCAGAAAUUCUCUUGGCAGAGUUAAAAAGCAAAAUAAUAGUCGUGACAAGGGUCGACCUGAUCCUACUAUUAAAUUGAAAAAUGUUAUUCCAAGACAAAAGAAAAAACUUCAUAGCCAAGGAAAACGAAUAAAUUAUAAUUACAGAAUUGGGGAACCUGCAGGUAUGAAUGAUAAGAAGCACAAAAUUGAUACGGAUGAAUUGGAAACAGGUAAGAAUUUUCAAAAUGCUUUGGCAGAAAUGACUAGGCUUCUUGGUGACAUUACUUUGAAAACGGAUAGCAAAAUAAAUUCUACAAGUCAGUCUGUCAAUGAAACCAGAAUAGAGCGAGCUGCCAAUGAUAAUAAAACUGGAAUAGAAUUUUGCAAAAAUUGUCAUUAUUUCUGUUCGCAAUUGGAGUUCAAGCAAAGGGACAAAAAGUGUUUACUGAAGAAAGUGAAUAAGAAAUUGAUGUCCACGACACCCCUUAGUAUUUUGAGUAAUAAAGAAAAAAAUAAAAACUCUGUUGAAUAUACAGCAAAAGACGUGAAAGGUAUGGCAGAGAAAAUUUUGAGAUUUUCCAGUGAAAUGAAUAAACAUUUGAAAAAAAUUGAUAAGGUUCGUGACGUUCAGGAUGUUGAUUUUGAUGGUAUGGUUGAAAAAUUUGGAAAGAAUGAACUAGGCCUUACUGAGGAAACUGACAGGAGAUCCUUGAGGACUCUUAUCAAUGAGAUUAUCAACGUCGAGAAAAAUGUUAAUACCACGUUACAAAUAAUUAAAAGAAAAUUGGAAGAAACAACAACACAAAGUUUCAGUUCCGAAACUUUGGAUUUUGGAAUAAUUUCGAAUUUUAAAGAUAGUCAAUUUCAUGAUAGGUCAAGGCAUAAAGUGAAAUCUUGGCACGAGUCUCCAAGGACCAGAGCUGUACAGAAGCUUAAGAUUAUUCUGGAUAACGUGGCUAAAGAUAGUUUGAAAAAGGGAAACGAAAUUCUUUUGGAAAGGAACAAAAAUGUUUUGCAUGCUAAACAGGAGAUCAAAUCCAUUUUGGAUGAUUUGGUGAACAAUCCAGACAACGUAGAUGCCAGUAUGAAUUUUGACAGACUGUCUGGAGUGAAGGAUUUAAAUUUCUAUAUAAAUGGCAAAGAUAAGGGACAUCAUUUUCUCAAGAUAAAAGAUAAGCCAAAUAAGUCAACAAAAUAUACUACUAACAAACUGAAUGCCACCACGUCGAAACCGCGUUCUACAACAAGAAAAAUGUUUAAUAAAUCAAGUAAAAAAUAUAAUAAGAAAUUUACACAGAAUAAGUCAGGAAAGAAUGAAAAAAAGAAAAAAAAAUUAGUCCAAAAGAAUCAUAAGAUAGCGUUAAAACAUCAGAUUGCACCAAAACAUACUAAUGGUAGAAGCAGACAGAGGAGUCAGAAACGUAAAAAGAUUUCUCCAAAACGUGAUAAGCAUAAACGAAAAGAUAAUCCAAAUAAAAAAAAACUAGAUCAGCUGAAAUACGAAGAGGAUCGUAUAGACGAGAUUGACAGAGAGAUCAAGGAGAUCCUAAAGGAGGAAAGUAAUGGAGCCAAACUGAACAAAUAUAAUUUGAAGUCAGAUUUUCUCGCUAUGCUUCCUGGAGAAUUGAAUGAUAGUUUUGGCAAAUUGAAGGAAACCAAUUAUUCACCAGGACUGAGAGUGAAGAAAGAUCUUUCACGUGACAAUGAAAAAUUUCAAUAUGAAUUAAAUGAACGCUUAAAUGACGACGUCAUAAACAAAGAAAAUUCAAAACGAGUAGGACGUCAACUCUGCAAUGAAAGAUUGACAAAAGAAAAGCAAUCGAAGAUUAAUAAGUCCAAAAAUAACCCAAAUGGUGGAAAAUCUGUUGAGAAUUCAAAAAAAAAAAUCAAUUCAUUAAAAAAAUUGUCAAAAGGAAAGCAUGUCAAAUUAGAAACUCAGACAAUAAUACCCAUUGAAAACGGACAACUUCGCGUAAAAUAUAUUUACCGUGAUAGAAAGCCAUUGAUGAAGAAAAGUGUAAAUUUUCAAAAAAAACAAAAAGUAGAGUUAUCUUCAACUUCAUUAGGAUCUGAUUGUGCAAACUGCAUCUGUGAUAUGGACCACGUCAUUCAGGACCUGAGAAAAAUUUUUAUCAAAAAAGAUGACAUUCUCCCUUACAUUAAAUCAUAUACUUGUACCGGAUAUACUGAUAUUGGCAAUCAAAUAUUAUUAACAAUUGAUGAUGAUUCUUUGCCAAGGGGUCGAUAUGAUUUCGAAGAAGUCAGAGGUCAAAAAUAUAUUGGACCAAUGGACCUUGAGAAUACUCUAAAACGUGGUUUAAACGAUAGAGAUGAUGCUGAAAUAUUCUCAAUGCCAGGUUAUAAUUUAAAUGUACCAUGUAAUCAUAAUGGAGAUGAUAUGUGGAUAAUGAGUACUGGUAGAUUAAAUUACACCUGGAUACAAGCUGAUGGCAGUCCCGUACCAGGAUUUAUUCAAAAAAAUGGCAACCUUAGAGUCUACGACGUGGAUGCUAGAAAUGCUGGAAAUUAUUCAUGUGUCGUUAGCUACAUAGAUCCAGAAAGCGAGGAGCUCGUGAGAAAUGUCUACAAUCACAGUAUCAAUGUGGUGACACUGCCUAGUUACACGUUACGUGCAGGCAAUCGUUACAAACUGGAUAAUUGUGAAGAUUCUAAUUUGGAGAGUCUGUCUAUGUACUUUCCAAAGAAGCUAAAUAGCAUUCUCUGCAGAAAUGGAACCUGUGACAUUUUUGUCUUUACACCACACUGCUACCGUGGACAAGUAACGAUAAUAAUUCUUGUGGUCCCAUCGAGUACUGCUCAUCUGAUUCCUUUGAGUCCAACGCAGUGUGGCCUUCCAUGCCGAAAAGCCAUUCAGGACAAAAUUGUAUUGCUCCUUAGUAGGAAUAUGGAACGUGUGCUGCGUAAACCGAUUUCUUUCAGGUCACCACGUGGUAGUCAAACACUCCUCCCAAUUCAGGAUCACGAAUGGAUCAGUAACAGAAGUAAAAGAGGAAAGACUGCAAAGGAUAGAGGAAGCGAUCUGUCUAGGGUGGGUCUUCUCAUUGGUUGUCCUGCAGGAUAUAAUCUUCAGGACACUCAUUGCUAUCCAUGCAGUCCAGGUUAUUACAGUGAGGAUGGUGCAUCCCGUUGCAAGAAGUGUCCUCCAGGAACUUACCAGCCUGAAUCAGGCUCUAGAAAUUGUCGUCCUUGCACUAAUCCCUUCGUAGAUGGUUGUAUUGAUAUGCUUUGGAAUUAUUCCUCUAGUAUUACAGCAGCUCUUGUGAGUAUGACAACACUGAUAUUAAUGCUGCUGAUAAUACUAGUGUGCUGCAUGAGAAAGAUACAUAAACAAGAAGCUGAAACAUGUGCAAGAUCCACAGAAAUCUCAACCAAGUAUCAGUUAGUAGAGAGUCAACCAAUGAAAACUAUUCAAGAACUUAGUGAUGAAGAGAAUGACUAUAGCUGGGAAUGCGAAUGUAAACCAAAAAGAAAAAGGAUAUCUAAACGAAAUCAGAGAUCUGACAUGGAUAGGAUCCGUGAUACCGAUCGUAGAAGCAAAGUAAGAAAAUAUUGUGACAAAGAAAAGAAAGAACGCAAGUUGGAUCAAGUUCGAACUAUUCCAAUAGUAUGUAUUGAUUCACAUCCAGCUCACGAAGGAUACUAUGAUACUCAUUUUUUGGAAGUAUUGCGCAGAACAAAACCUCCAGUGCCACAACCAGACUUUGACCAAUGAUCAUAAAUCCCCAGAUCAACUAAAGUGUCGACUGAGGAAACAGAAUCUAAUUCAUAAUACUAUUACUAUAUACAUAAUACUAUACAUGACACCAGAAUAU